AUCAUAGCCUAAGGAAAGAGUAAUCUCAAUAAUACAACUUCACCAAUAUAAAAGGCAUUAGUUGUAGUCUUCACUGGUGUCCUCUUAGUUGUAGUCAUCACUGGUGCCCUCUUAACGAUCUCAAAGGCAACUCAAAGGUUUUCUACCUUUGCCAAAGAGCCUUUGUGACUAAUAAAGGCCAUGGGUUGCAUAAGUUCUAAAAGGGCAAGAACAUAUCGCUAUACUGCUCAACCGAAUGUAGUCUAUGUUACCUCACGUCCAACUCAAAGCUCUGGUGGUCAACCUUCAGUGUCAGAAAGAAAGUCCGAGAACAAUUUCAACAAUAUAGAUGAGGUUACGACAGCCUUAGCACAUAGUGGCCUAGAAACUGCAAAUCUUAUUGUUGGUAUUGAUUUCACAAGGACCAAUAAGUGGGCAGGUGCAACGUCAUUUCAUGGGAGAAGCUUGCAUCAUAUUGGUGAUGAACAGAACCCUUAUGAACAAGCAAUAUCAAUUAUUGGAAGAACAUUAUCCGGCUUUCUUGACAAUAACUUGAUUCCUUGUUUUGGGUUUGGAGAUGCUUCAACGCUUGACAGAGACGUCUUUAGUUUCUAUCCAGAAAAAAGAAUUUGCAAUGGAUUUGAGGAAGUGCUGACACGUUAUAAAGAAUUAGUCCCUCACCUAAAACUUUCCGGGCCAACAUCAUUUGCUCCCAUCAUUGAAAUGGCCAUCACUAUUGUUGAGCGAAGUCACCGCCAAUACUAUGUUUUAUUAAUAAUAGCAGAUGGACCGGUAACAGGAAAUGCGGAUGAUUGGAACCCAAGCCCGCAAGUAAAGGAAACUAUUGACGCUAUUGUGAAAGCAAGAAAAUAUCCAUUGUCAAUAAUUGUAGUUGGGGUUGGAGAUGGGCCAUGGGGCACGAUGAAGAACUUUCUUGAUUGCUAUAAUGUUCGUGUGUCAUCCAAAUUCCAGUUUGUGAAUUUUACCGAAAUUAUGAAAAAGAAUAUGGACAUAUCUAGUAAAGAAGCAGCAUUUGCUGUAGCGGCCUUGAGGGGAAUACCGUCACAAUAUAAAGAAACAUUAAAUCUUCAAAUAUCGGGUUAUCCUAGUGGGGCGGCUAUAAAUAGGGUUCCUUUGCCCCCUCCACCCAUACCAAAACAUUCACAACCUAGCAGUUUCUGCCCAAGUGAACCUGAUUUCGAUGGACAUAAUGUCGUCGCUGGGACAUGUCAGCCUGCUAAUUCUAAUUCAGAUGACAAGGUUUGCUGAAUCUGCUUCAUUAAUCCAAAGAAUAUGGCGUUUGGUUGCGGACAUCAGACUUGCUGCAAUUGUGGGGAAGAUCUUCAGUUAUGUCCCAUCUGUUAAACACCAUCCAAACCCGAAUAAAACUCUAUUUAGAUGUUAUCUAAUGCUGCAGAGACAUUGCUCAUCACAUCUUGUGCUAUGUACAUAUUUUCACUUUUUGAUUCAUGUGUGAUAUUUCUUUGUGCACUAUAUAUAUUGUUUCUAUUAAUGAGCUAUAUAAAUUUGUAAUCAACUUUCUAGUGCCUGAGGUCGUUGUCUCCCCGUGUCAAGAAGUGUGAUAUCUGUAGGAUCAUAAGUUUUGUACUGGCUUAAAUCGCUGCUUAAUCGACUUCUUUGCAAUUCUUUUCUCCUUUUUA